UGAGACCCUCACUCGCUCCUCUCUCUCUUUCCGCCUCCCUGUCUUGCCGGCGAUUCGGAACCCUCGUGUUUUUGAAAGCGGAGGAGCGAGGAUGAGAGAGAUCCUUCACAUCCAGGGCGGGCAGUGCGGGAACCAGAUCGGGGCCAAGUUCUGGGAGGUGAUCUGCGACGAGCACGGGAUCGACGGGACUGGGAAGUACAAUGGCGAUUCGGACCUCCAGCUCGAGAGGAUCAACGUAUAUUACAAUGAGGCCAGCGGCGGGCGGUACGUUCCGCGAGCGGUGCUCAUGGAUCUGGAGCCGGGAACUAUGGAUUCCGUCCGAUCUGGGCCUUUUGGCCAGGUUUUUAGGCCGGAUAACUUCGUCUUCGGCCAGUCUGGGGCUGGUAACAACUGGGCCAAGGGGCACUACACGGAGGGUGCUGAGCUCAUCGACUCGGUGCUUGAUGUGGUCAGGAAGGAGGCAGAGAACUGUGACUGCUUGCAGGGGUUCCAGGUGUGCCACUCUUUGGGAGGAGGCACUGGGUCAGGCAUGGGAACCCUUCUCAUCUCAAAGAUCAGAGAGGAAUAUCCAGAUAGAAUGAUGCUCACCUUCUCAGUUUUCCCCUCUCCCAAGGUCUCUGAUACAGUUGUGGAGCCAUACAAUGCUACCCUGUCGGUUCAUCAACUUGUUGAGAAUGCUGAUGAAUGUAUGGUACUUGACAAUGAAGCGCUGUAUGACAUCUGUUUCCGCACCUUGAAACUUUCAAAUCCCACAUUUGGUGAUCUCAAUCACUUGAUCUCUGCUACAAUGAGUGGUGUCACUUGCUGUCUUCGCUUCCCUGGACAGCUCAAUUCUGACCUGCGGAAGCUUGCAGUCAACCUCAUCCCUUUUCCCCGCCUGCAUUUCUUCAUGGUUGGGUUUGCACCCCUUACCUCAAGGGGUUCGCAACAAUACCGGGCUCUCACUGUACCUGAACUAACCCAGCAAAUGUGGGAUGCCAAGAAUAUGAUGUGUGCUGCUGAUCCCCGCCAUGGCCGAUACUUAACUGCUUCAGCCAUGUUCCGUGGUAAGAUGAGCACGAAGGAAGUUGAUGAGCAGAUGCUCAAUGUGCAGAACAAGAACUCGUCCUACUUUGUGGAGUGGAUACCAAACAACGUGAAGUCAAGUGUGUGUGACAUUCCACCCAAGGGGCUCAAGAUGGCUUCAACUUUCAUUGGCAACUCGACCUCCAUCCAAGAGAUGUUCAGGAGGGUGAGCGAGCAAUUCACUGCCAUGUUCAGGAGGAAAGCUUUCUUGCAUUGGUACACUGGAGAGGGUAUGGAUGAGAUGGAAUUCACAGAGGCUGAGAGCAACAUGAAUGACCUGGUGGCUGAGUACCAGCAGUACCAGGAUGCAACAGCAGAGGAAGAAGAGUACGAGGACGAGGGAGCAGAGGAGGAAGAAGUCUGAGUAAUUCCUCCUUGUAUUUUGAAAUAUGGGUUUGCUUUUUUUAUUUCUGCUUGGCUUGUCGUGGAUUUGGUUUCUGUUGUUAGACAUAUGCUCUAUAUGUUUGUCGUGGCCAUGAAUUGAAUGUGAUAUGUUGAGACUUUGGAGCCUUUUGACUCUAAUUAUGGGUCCUCGUUGAGAUUAAA